AUGUCUCAAGACACCGGCUUGUGGAGUGUUCGCAGGCCGCGUGAGACCCUCGGAGGGCUGAACCCAAAUACAGGAAUACCCGCCCCCGGAUCGACCAUGAAGCGCAACGCCAGCGGUCAUGUACGGGCGCCGUCAGGCUCAAGGGGGUCCUUGGCUAUGUCGCGACCCAGUCAACCGCUUUUUUCCCGAACCUCGUCCGGAUCCAACCUCGCAGACCUUGGACUCUCAUCGGUGAAGAGGCAGUCUCUUGCGCCAAAGGCUGCUUACGCCGCUGCCAUGGGAACGCCUGCUGCAGCGCGCACGUCGACCGACGCGGAGCGACGAAGCAGCGUAUUUCGCGCGCGACCCUCUAUGAACGGCCCGGUAAACCACCACCAAAGCUUCUUCCAAACGACACAUCAACCUGCCGGUGUGCCAAAAGACCCUCGACCGCUCAAGGACCGAGCAUUUCAGGCGCGGAUUGGACAGGAACUGAUGGAGUACAUGACGCAAAAUAACUUUGAGCUCGAGAUGAAGCAUGUCCUGUCGCCCAACGUCAUGAAGUCGCCAACGCAAAAAGACUUCAACUACAUGUUCCAGUGGCUUUAUCACCGUAUCGAUCCGAGCCAUCGGUUUCAGAAGAAUAUUGACCAGGAAGUGCCUCCGAUUUUAAAGCAGCUACGGUACCCUUUUGAGAGGAGUAUUACCAAGAGCCAAAUUUCUGCUGUUGGUGGCCAAAACUGGUCUACAUUCUUGGGCCUUUUGUACUGGAUGAUGCAACUUGCGCAGAUGCUUGACGGAUAUGUGACCCGAAGCUACGACUAUGCAUGUAUGGAUGCCGGGGUCGAUGUCAGGGGCGACCACAUUAUCUUCGACUUUCUCAGCAGCGCGUACAGAGACUGGCUGGCAAUGGAUGAGGAUAUUGGCGACGAGGAUGCAGAAAAGGUGCUAGCACCCCAUGUGGCAUCUAUGGCCCAAGCCUUUGAUCGCUCCAACGGCCGGUACACGUCGGAGCUAGAGAUGCUCGAAGCAGAGAAUGCGCGACUUCUCAAGGAGAUUGCAGACCUGCAAAAGUCCACACCGGACCCUGCCAUUUUAGACGAUCACUUCAAGAUCAUGGAAGAGGACAAGGUCAAAUUUGAAGACUACAACCACCUUGCCGUCCAACGUUCUCAAAAAUACGAGAAAAGAAUACAGAUUCUGCAAGAGGAGCUAGAGAAGUUAAACGACGAGCUCAAAGAAGCGGAGGAGGAGCGGAGAGGCCUGCAAAAAUCUGUGGAUGCAUUGGGUAUCAGCAUGCAGGAUAUUGACCGCAUGACAUCUGAGAAGGAGCGCCUGCAGAAAGGAAUCGAAUCCGCCAGCCAACGACUCGAGGAAAUCAAGAAGAAGGUGGCCGACAAGGAAGCUGAAGCGAGCCAGCGGCUCGACGAUCUAGAAGACCAGGUGGAAAGGUACAACUCGCUUGCCUAUCAAACCGCGCUUCUUCCAUCGACAGCAGCCAACGCCAAAGGAAAAGACUACGAACUCCGCCUCACUGUUAACGACAGCUCCGAUUUCACGUCAAAUAAUUUCUAUGGGAUGAACAACGGGAAAUCCGGAGCCACCGACCGACUGCUAGCAGAUGCGAAUAACGGAUAUCGACCCAGCGACAUUGUCAAUGUCGACUUGCGUGGACAAGCUCGCAACGGAUUUAUAUCUCUUCGCAAGGCAAUUUCAGAACGUCGAAGUACACUCAUGAACGACUUGAUCAAGGAUCGCGAUCUCCUGGAUGGCAUCAAGGAGGCCAUUGAAGACAAACGAAGCGAAGUGGAGACUCUCAACCACCGUGUCCGUGCCGCUGAAGCAGAGUACGAGAGCAUCAGAGAGUCAACGGGGACUCAGAAGAUGACUUCGGAUGCUCAGAUUGAGAGGAUGGAGAGGGAUCUUGCGCGGAUGCGGGCCGGUCUUACCGAGUCCGUGCAGCUUCUGGAGCAGCGCGAGAUAAAUACGACUAUCGAAUACGAGCAGUUGGUGCUUAGAGCAAAUUCACUGCGCGAGGAGCUGCAUACGGAAAUUGACCGUAUGCUGACCGAUGUAAUCAGGUUCAAGCUUCACGUUCAAAAGAACCUGGACGAUUACGAAGGGUUCGUGGCGGAUGAGCUGGAGAAGGAGCUUGGUGUGGAAGAUGUGAGAGAUGAUACCCAAGCGAUGGAUCUAUAA